UGAUUGACACUUUCUCGGGUCGCUUUGUGCGUGGAUACCGAGUGGCUCCCUGCUGCAAACUGCUCUGAAAAGAAGAGAAAAAACCCCCAACCCACAUUAACAGCUCCUCUCCCAGACCAAAGCACUUUUAUUAAGAAAAGAAAAAAGAGAAAAGAAAAGUGCCAAACAGCCACGUAACGACAGAGCAUAUGUUAGCUUCAAGCUAGCCAGCGCUAGCUAGUGGAGCAGCGGUCAGUGCAUGGCGACGCAGAGAGCAGUGUGGACUCUCUCCCUCGCAGACUCUUGUCAUGGGGAGUAAAAUGUCCUUCAGCAGAGGAAGCAGUGACCAAAAUACAGUCUCUGAGUUAACUUCUGUGGCAUCGCAUCCUUGCAAUUCCGUUCAUGCCCCUUCGGACUGCAAGCAGAUACCUGAAGACAAGACAUGCAGUGAGGAAGACCUGGAAUCCAGGAGGGGAGAAGAAAUGAAAGCAACACAACUGACUCAACCUGUACCUGAGUCCCACUCAUCGGGACAUACGGAGCCCGAUGGCCUUGUUGGUACUGAAUCAGUAGGCGGAACAAACUGUCAACACAGUAAGCGCAUAUCUCCGCAGGUCGGAAUGGAAGCAAAGUCCAAAAUGGCCUCUGCGAGCGUGUGCAGCUCUACAACAGACAGUCACGGACAGCCUGUGGAGGGCCGCAGAAAACGCGGGCGCCCUCGUAAAACAAAACAGUUGUUGACUGAAGACACAAUAGAUCCAGAGUCGGCGGCUCUUGACGCAGUUCAGCAUGAGGAGAUCAGCACGACAAUACCUUUGCCAAUAUGCUUGGAGAACCACAACAGUGACCAUGUGCCUAAUGCUGUAGACAGUCCCUUAAUCAAUAACUCACCUCAUGAGAUGUCUAGUCCUCAUACUGUCUCUGAUGGUAAAGUAGAAGUUGGUGACCCUGUGCUGCCAAAAAGAAAAAGAGGAAGACCAAGAAAAAAAGAAGUCAAAGAUUUUAACACUACAGAUGCUGCGGCUGCUGUCAGCGCUCCCGCUGCUUCCACUAAUGUGAAUAAUGUUAGUAGUCCUACACGGAGACUGAGGAGUAGAGGAGAACACCCUGUGGAUCUGGAUGGAAAGACUGACUCUGAUAGCCAGGUAGACCAUAAGCAAACUGAAACAACUCCUACAGAAAGUAACGACAUAUUGAACUUUCAAGGUGUUAAAAGAAGAAGGGCCAAACUGGCCGAUCAGCAGGUUCCAGCUAAAGUGUCCAGACUGGAUGUUUCCCAGGAGGCCUCUUCAGUGUUGAGCAAUGACACGGGCUCUGGGGAGAGAGCUAAGGGAGAUAAGCUGGGAGAACUGAACACUGACAAACAAGAGACUGGUACAGAUGGAAAGGGUGAUCAGCUGUCCUUGCUGCCUGCAGAGGGACAAGAGCAGCAGGCGAAACCGAAGGAAGGUGCGUUACUAGAAAGAAAACAGCUUUCCCAGCCAGCAGCUGAGCCUGAAGUUGUAUCUUCAGAGGGUUUGAACAGUCUGAACGUGGUAAGCCCUACUCAGAGUGAUGACCCUAAGAUAGAACAGUCAGCUGACAAGAAUGGCAGCGAGGAGUCCCAAUCAAAAAACAGUCUUGAACCUCCAAAUACCGCACACUUGCAGAAUACAGAGCCCUCUAACACAGAUGUGGUAACAUCCUCUGAACAACCACCUAAACCUGUUUUAGUCCUCCCUGCUGUGAAAGCUGAGAAUAUAGAGAUAGAGCUGGACCAUUUAAAUCCCGUUUCUGAGUCAAAUAAUACAUCUUUACAAUGCAGUGUUAGAUCUGAGGGUCCAAACAGUGAGCGAAACACUUUCAGACGCAAGAGAGGAGGUAAGAGAAGGAGGAGACUAAAUAAUGUUUUGUUACAGAAAGCUCAUCUUGUAAAGGGCCAUGAAGGCAGUGACGACGCUCAACAAAAAACAGAGUGUGAUGACGUGAAGAAGGAGGAUAGCCUAAGGGAUGCAAAUGUCAUCUACACUAAAAAAGGGGGAAAAACUCUGUUGAAAUGUGGUUACUGCGGUCAAAUAUUUAAAUUUCUGUCUCAGUUCAUCAUUCAUCAACGCGUUCAUACAGGAGAAAGGCCUUUCAAAUGCCCUGAAUGCGGUAAGGGUUUUAGCAAAAAUUCAAACUUGAAUCUUCAUCUCAAGACGCACAGAAAGAACAACAUGUAUCAAAAAUGCCCAUUUUGCAAGAUCAAAUUCUCUUGCUCCGAAUAUGCCUCUCAUAUGAAGACACAUGCCCAUGAGCCAGACCAGAACUCUGACAACAACAAAUCUGAAAAGCGGAGCAAAGGAAACGACCAAGAAAACGGCCCUGGACUUCAUAGACCAGUUUCCCCAGAAAAGAGGGAAAGAAAAGUGUGCCAGUACUGUGGUAAAACGUUCCCGUUUCAGUCUGCCCUCAUAAGACACGUGCGUGUCCACACUGGAGAGAAGCCUUAUAAAUGUGAUAUAUGUGGCAAAGCUUUCGGUCAGGCCUACUUCCUCCGCGUUCACGAGCUGACACACUGGUCUGUGAAGCGUUACAACUGCACACGUUGUGAAAAGUCAUUCACUCAUUAUAGCAAUGCAAAAAAUCACACCUGCAAACCAUCGGGAAGCGGCGACGAUUUACAACCCAACAGACGGGUAAGGCCUUCACUGACGUACACGUGCCACAUCUGCAAGAAUGUUUUCGACCAUCUGCAGGAGUUCAACAGCCACAUGAAAGCACACACGGGCGCAAAGCUUUAUCGCUGCUUGUAUUGUGACAAGCUGUUUGGUGUGCUGUCUGAAUUUAGCUCCCAUCGCACCCAGUGCAGAGGAGAGGGAAACGCCUCCAGCUCUGCCAUACAAGAGUCAAUGUCAUUAAUACAGUACACAGUGCCUGCACUUAGGUGUGCAUCGGGACAGAGCUCAGCUUCUCCUCUCACGGCUGCAAAUUGCGAAACACAGAAAAAAACGCCACAAACCGGCCGCAAGAAACGCUUUGCUAGCUUAAAGAAACCAUUCCAGUCGACAGUCAUACCGGCUCACCCCCUCUCACACCUCGUGUCAAAGUUAAACAAACUAGAUAAUCGUUCAGACCCCAGGAAAUAUUUAUGCCCAAGCUGCGGGCGACUGUUCAGACACAUGGGCAGGCUCCGAGCCCACAUGCUCACUCACGGCCCGGGUCAAAGUUACAUCUGUGCCUGCUGUGGCAAGACUCUCGAAAACUGGAAAAAACUGUGGCAUCAUCAGAGAAUCCAUCGACAGAGACGCGGCCGCUUCACUUGCCCUCAGUGUGGCCAAGGUUUUCGGUUCGUGGAGCCUUACAAGAAACACAUGAGCGAGCACCCAGAGUUUCAGUGGAUUCAGGUCAGGCCCAAGAAAGUGUUUCUGCCUUAUCAAUGUGACCAGUGCAGAUGCAGCUUUAGGACUCUGGACUUGCUCUUCAGCCACCAGCUUUGCCAUUCCUCAACACAAGACAUGCGCAAGGACUCUGAUUUUGAUUUAUCCAUAGAGGAUCAUACUACACAGUCCAACAGGAAAAUGUUGAGCCCUCCCACAGACAACCAUAUGGCCACUUUAUGUCCAGAACCUGAGGAAAAUAGCUCUCCUCUGACCGCCUUAUCCAUAUAUUCAGACCAAGCUUCUCAAGAGUCACCAGUAGCGCCCAUGAUUUCCACUGUCCAAUAUCAGGGUCUUGAUUUAGGUAAAACUUUGCACCGUCCAGGCAGCACACAUUCGAUCCAAGAUAGAGAAACCUGCCAUGACAGAAUUGAUGAAAAUUCACUCGGGAAACCCAUUACUCCUUUGAGAACUGUGAAAAAUGCUAGCAUAUCAAAUGAAGAGUCUUCAGAUGGUGUUAAGUGUGCUGUGUGUGGUAAUGCUUAUCCUGCCAUUUCAGACCUUUAUCACCAUUAUUUGCAGCAUGCAAGAGGCCAAGUGUAAUAAUCAAUCAGUCUCAAUGGAGAUUCUGUGCCCUUUCUAUAUGUACAUUCACCUUUUUGCAUUGUUUAACACAGAGGGUCCUGUAGCCCUAGACCAGAAGAUGUAGAAACAUUGCCUGUUACACACCUGGAAAAAGUUUGGGAAACUGAAAUGCCUCAAAAAGUAUUCUGAAGAUUUGUUUACAGUCACGUAUUCAGUCAGUCACGCCUGAAGGUACAAAAUAGUCGGGACACUUUGUGUUUUCAUGAAGUUCAUGAGGCAACUUCAGGUAGAAGCCAUGAACCUUUCUUUAGUACUUUGAAUUUGAUACAGAUGCCCUAAAUAUUUGGUACAUUCAGUGCAUUAACACCAAGCCAGAAGCAGCCCUGGGACAAUGUAAUCAGAUAUUGAAUGAAAGAAACAUUGCAAACACAAGUUAUGUAAAUGACUGAUUAUGGAAAGUUUGAUUUUAAAAACAAUAAAAUAGUCAAAUGAAAUAACCACUGAAACAUUUUAACCCUAUCUUUGUUGCACCUGCAACCACCUGGCAUCUUUAUUUUAUAACUUGAAAAAGUUCCCUGCACAUGGAGCAUGGGACUGAAUCACCAACUGAUCAGAGGAGGAAUUCAUUUAUAAACUCCUUUUUGCUGCGAGAAGUUUGUUUGGCAAUACUGACAAAGAACUUGUUUGUGUAGAUUUUUUCAUUCAGAUUUUAUAACACAUCAUCUCUUGUCAGUGAAUAGUAUGACCAAUUCAUUGUCAUUGUAUAGUUUUACCUACAUCGUCACCUCAUCUUGAUACAAGCAAUCACUGUGUGACCUGUGAAUUUAAUAUCAAACGUGUGCAUUUUUAAAUGAUCUUUUCUUGACUGACCGUGGAUGUGAAACUGUUCAAAAUGUUUCAGAGGAAAUGUUCGACUGAUUACAAAUCUGUUUUGUUUUGGUCUCCAACAGGGACAAGUAUCAGCAUUUUGUAUUUAUUAUUUUAAAAAGUGAAUAUCAGCUUUUCUCAUGCACAUGCUUGUCAUGUUUGCUCUUUUUGUGGACUCGCACUAUGAUGGCUGAAAUCAAAUGAAUUUUUUUUAAAGAAUAAUAACAAAAAAUACACUGACAAACGCACAUUCUGUACCUGAACUAACAAGUGCAACAAGAUGUUGUUGAACAUCCGUUAUUGUUUACUGCUUUUGAAAAACUACAUUUUCAUGCUUCAAUGUCAGACUUGGUUUUUGGUGAAUCAUGAAAUAAACUACAUUUCAAAAGAUGUUUCCCAGAUGGACACCCUGCACUGUUGUAUAUGAUUAUAUGCUAUAGUUUGUCUUAAAACCAAUAAAGCUCACUUUUCUAUAGA